UUGUGUUGUUUUUGCAUCAAAACUUGAAAAAGAAAGAAUAAAAUUUGUAGAUAUUCAUAAGGUUUUGACCACGAUCAUGAACAUCUUGCACCACAAAAGUUGGCAUGUUCGAAAUAAAGACAAUAUUGAACGUGUAAGAAAGGAUGAGGAAAAUGCCAGGCUUGAAGAAGAAAAGAAAGCUAAAAGAGCCGCCUUAGCUGAUCAAGAGGCAAGAACAGCUCUACUGCGUGACAGAGCAAAGGGCAGCAAAAGUAAAGAGCUGACCAAUGACAGCAAGUCUUCAUCAUCACCAGGCUUAGACUUGGCACCCGUAUCAAUAUCAGACCAACAGAAACAUAUAAACUUCUUUGAAGACAUUGAAGAAGGACUAAGACAAGGAAACAACCCAGAAUACGAAGCAGAGAAAAAGGCAGAACAGGAAAAACAAGAGAAAGCUAUUGGAUUACUGACAUACCUUGGACAGAGUGCCAGCGAAAAACAUUCUGACAAACCUUGGUAUAUAAAGAAAGAUCACCAGAAGAAAGCCACAGAUAACGAUAAUUCCAGAGAUAUGAAAAGAAAAGAUGCUCUUGAUCCCUUGAACAAAAUGAAAAAAUACCUUGAAGCUCAUGAAAAACACAAACAUAAGAAGCACAAGAAAGAACAUAAACACUCUAAGAGCAGAAAAGAAAAGAGAAGAGAAGAGACAUCUCCAAGAAAGAAAAGUGUACAAGAACUCAGAGCAGAGCGGUUAAAAAGAGAGCAAUCUGAACGAAUAAGAGAAAGUGAGCUUCGUUCUUCAUCAAAAGGAGAGAAAAAAGCGCCAGAACCUUUGGAAGACAACCCAUACAGGUAUAAUUCUCAGUUCAAUCCUGACCUCGUAAGGAAACCUCACUCCAGCCAUCGAUACAGACCAUAUUAAGAAGGAGUAUAGUUAUACAGCCUUAUGAAGAUACUGCUGAGAAUGGGGUAUUGAAAGUCAUCAACAAUAGAAGACCUGUGAGGAAAUCAGGAUUCUCUGCGACCAUCACCAUCACAGGAGCCUGACAGAAUGUGUCGGAGUUUGGUUCACAGCCCAUUAGACAAGUACGAAAGUAAAACUCUAUUUGAAUGAGAAUUUCCUAUAUUUCAGUAGGAAAAAUUCUCCAAAUUUCAUUGAUACCUUGGACCAGCCUCUGGGCUGAUCACAGUCAGGGCACGGCUAACCCACAGAUCAAACCCUGAAACAACCUCUGGGCUGAUCAAAGUCAGGGUUUGGCUAACUCACAGAUCAAACCCUGAAACAACCUCUGGGCUGAUCUAAGUCAGGGCAUGGCUAAC